UGGGAGUGUGUGUGUGUGUGUGUGUGUGUGUGUGUGUGUGUGUGUGUGUGUGUGUGUGUGUGUGUGUGUGUGUGUGUGUGUGUGUGUGUGUGUGUGUGUGUGUGUGUGUGUGUGUGUGUGUGUGUGUUGAGUCUGGUAGUGUGCGUGUCUCAGUGUGGGAGUCUGUGUGUUUGUGAACAAGGUGUGUUUCUCUCUGAAGCCGCUCGUGAGAACAGAAUGAAUGGUGUCUCAGCAACAACUACAUCAGGUUAAUGAUGGUCCGUGUGUUCCUGAUAGAGCCAGUGGUUGGUGUCUAUGCCUUCUCCAUGUUCAUGCUGUACCCCCUGAUCCAGCAGUAUGUCUACAGGAGGCUGUGGCAGCAGCUCACCGGUGCCCCCUACCCGACACAGAUGAACUACACCCACUGCUCUGACAGCAGCACCAACGUCAGCUCCAUUCACCAGGAGAUCCAGAAGGAGGCGUCUCUGUUUCUCUUCUACAGUGAGCUGUGUUUCCUCUUCCCUAGUCUCCUCUCCUCCCUACUCCUGGUCUCCUACAGCGACCACCGUGGCAGGAAGGUAGCUCUAGUGCCCCCACUGGUGGGCGAGCUGUUAUUUGCUCUGUGCUAUGCAACCGUGUCUCACCUCUCCCUCAGCCUGGGUUACCUGCUAGGGGCCUCUUUCCUGGCUGGGGUAAUGGGGGGGCCCACUGCUCUACUGGGGGGAAGUUUUGCCUAUAUAGCUGACCUAUGUGAGGAGGAGGGGGUGGAGGGGGGUGGGGUUAAGUAUUUGUGUGAGGAAGGGGGUGGGAAUAUGAAUAUUGUUGGGAUUGGGGCUAGAGAUGGGGGGAGUUACCAAUGUGAGGGAGGUAGAGGUGGGGGAGGAGAUGACUGGAGAGACAGAGAGAAUGAUGGACAGGGAGACAGAGGGAGAGACAGAGAGAGCGAUGGACAGGGAGACAGAGGGAGAGACAGAGAGAGCGAUGGACAGGGAGACAGAGGGAGAGACAGAGAGAGCGAUGGACAGGGAGACAGAGGGAGAGACAGAGAGAGCGAUGGACAGGGAGACAGAGGGAGAGAUGGAGAGAGCGAUGGUCAGGGAGACAAAGGGAGAGAUGGAGAGAGCGAUGGACAGGGAGACAGAGACGGAGGGAGUAGAGCGAGAGACUGGGGUAAGGGUGGGGGUCGUACAGUGCGUAUGGCAGCCUUGGAGAUGUUGCUAGGUGUGUUGUCAGGGCUAGCCUCUCUGUGUACUGGGUUCUAUAUUCAGACGGCAGGAUUCACCUGGCCGUUCAUCACAGCAGCCGUACUACACCUGAUCAACCUGGUGUACACAGCGUGGGUACUGCAGGAGACUGUGGAGAGACCCUCACACACAGACUCAUCUUCAUCACCAUCAUCAUCACCGACACCUUUUGGGGCGGGCUCAGCACGCUUUCUCCAACGAGAAGCCCUGAUUGGUCGGUUUCAGGGUGUGUAUCUGCUAUUCAUCGCGUCACCAAGGAGGAGGAAAACUGUCCUGGGACUGAUACUGGCGGCCUUUGCUUUCUAUACGGUGUCGAAGCUGGGUGGUAUGUCCAUCUUCAUCCUGUAUGAGCUGAAUGCUCCUCUGUGUUGGAGUGAGGUGUUGGUUGGCUAUGGUUCAGCCUUGUCUACACUCAUCUACCUGGGGAGCUUUGCAGGGGUGUCCCUGCUGUCGCGCUGUCUUCGGGACGGGUAUAUAGUACUACUGGGACUGCUGUCUGUCGCUGCAGGACUACUGAUGGCUGCCUUCGCCAAGAGCACGCUGCUCAUGUUCCUAGUGCGGCUGCCUCUCCUUCUCUCCAUCAUGCCUGCUCCUGUUCUGAGGUCCAUGAUGUCCAAGAUAGUACUCCGCUCUGAACAAGGUGCAGUGUUUGCCUGUGUUGCGUUCGUGGAGAUGCUGAGUAUAGGUGUUGGGAUCACCGUGUUCAGCAGCACCUACGCCUCCACUGUCUCCUGGUUCCCUGGAUUCAGCUUCCUGCUGGCCUCAGCCAUCGCACUCAUACCGGCUGUUCUGAUUGGGGUGGUAAUGUGUCUGCGUCUGGACAAGGAUGAAGAGGCCAGUCGACUAACAGCUGAUGAUGAUGAGGAGGAGACAGAGAGCUGUGGACAGUCACUACAGCUACCACACUGAGCUACCACACUGAGCUACCACACUGUGGGAGCUACCACACUCUGUGAGCUACCACACUCUGUGAGCUACCACACUGAGCUACCACACUGAGCUACCACACUCUGUGAGCUACCACACUGAGCUACCACACUGAGCUACCACACUGAGCUACCGCACUGUGCUACCACACUGUGUGAGCUACCACACUGUGUGAGCUACCACACUCUGUGAGCUACCACACUGAGCUACCACACUGAGCUACCACACUGAGCUACCACACUGAGCUACCACACUGUGGGAGCUACCACACUGUGGGAGCUACCACACUGAGCUACCACACUGUGUGAGCUACCACACUGUGUGAGCUACCACACUCUGUGAGCUACCACACUGAGCAACCACACUGAGCUACCACACUGAGCUACCACACUGUGGGAGCUACCACACUGAGCUACCACACUGAGCUACCACACUGAGCUACCACACUAAGCUACCACACUGUGGGAGCUACCACACUCUGUGAGCUACCACACUGAGCUACCACACUGAGCUACCACACUGUGCUACCACACUGUGUGAGCUACCACACUGAGCUACCACACUGUGUGAGCUACCACACUCUGUGAGCUACCACACUGAGCUACCACACUGAGCUACCACACUGAGCUACCACACUGUGGGAGCUACCACACUCUGUGAGCUACCACACUCUGUGAGCUACCACAAUCUGUGAGCUACCACACUGUGCGAGCUACCACACUGAGUGAUUUACCAUGCUGUGUGAGCAACCACACUGAGCGAGCUACCACACUGAGCGAGCUACCACACUGUGUGAGCUACCACACUGUGCGAGCUACCACACUGUGCGAGCAACCACACUGUGUGAGCUACCACACUGUGUGAGCUACCACACUGAGCUACCACACUGAGUGAUUUACCACACUGAGCUACCACACUGAGUUACCACACUCUGUGAGCUACCACACUGUGUGAGUAACCACGCUGUGUGAGCUACCACACUGAGCUACCACACUGAGCGAGCUACCACACUGUGUGAGCUACCACACUGUGUGAGUCACACUGAGCUACCACUCUGAGUGAUUUACCACACUGUGUGAGCUACCACACUGUGUGAGUCACACUGAGCUACCACUCUGAGUGAUUUACCACUCUGAGUGAUUUACCACACUGAGCUACCAGACUGAGCUACCACUCUGAGUGAUUUACCACACUGAGCUACCACACUGAGUGAUUUACCACACUGAGCUACCACACUGAGUGAUUUACCACUUUGAGUGAUUUACCACUCUAAGCUACCACACUGAGCUACCACUCUGAGUGAUUUACCACACUGAGUGAUUUACCACUCUGAGCUACCACACUGAGUGAUUUACCACACUGA